AUGGUUUCCUUUGAUCACACGAACUUAACAAAAUCAAGUUGGGCCGAUGAAGUCGGCGAAGAAUUUGAUCUGCCAUUUGAAACCUUUACCGAUGAAAAUGGAAUCAAAACGAUACUUGAAUACAAAACAAACGACGACGGAAAAAAAGUGAAAGUUACUAGAAAGAUCAAGAAAACCUUGAUUAAAGAAUGUGUUAAUAAAGCUGUUGCCGAGAGAAAGAAAUUGGCCAAAUUUGGCGACGAACGAGGAAAGAAAGUUGGUCCCGAUCUCAGUACAACAAGCAUUGGAGAGCAAAUAUCCUUACAAUUAUCAUCCACUGGCAAACAUUCAGAAUCAGUCGAAGAAAACGAUAUAAAUAAGAAAAAGGCGGCGUUAGUAGGGAAGAAAAUUCUUUGCCGUAUUUGUAAAAAUGACCAUUUCACAAUUCAAUGUCCUUAUAAGGAUACCCUUCAACCUUUGGAUGAACUGGGCAAAGAACUAGAAGCCAGUAAGGAAACUGCACCAGUUAGUGAGCCAAUAACAGCCGAAGCUUCCACAGGAGGAAAGUAUAUUCCUCCCAGUAUGCGUGCUGGAGCCAAGCCGACAACUGGUGAUUCAUAUAAGGAACGACGAGACGAUGCUACUAUUCGUGUUACAAACUUAUCGGAAGACACUACUGAGAACGACAUACAUGAUCUCUUCCGCCGCUUCGGUAAUAUUUCUCGUGUUUAUCUCGCACGUGAUCGAGAAACGAAUGCUUGUAAAGGAUUUGCAUUUGUUAGCUUUGGACAUCGCGAGGAUGCAUCUAAAGCAUUACUAGCCAUUAAUGGAUACGGUUACGAUAACUUGAUUUUAAGAGUGGAAUGGGCCAAGUAA